CAGAGACCGCAGAGCUCGGGCAGGAGACGUGGGAACGACCGCAAUGCGCGUGAAGCAUGUCAUCUAUCUGGGGGAAAGUCUGUUAUAAGGUCUGAGCGUUUAGGUGGUUCUUGAUUAAUGAUGCGAUUGUACUCAAACUUUUAAAGUAAAUCCAUUUUGGACAACACACGACUCUACCACGCAGGGAAAUUACCUUGGCUCGUAAUUUGCUGAAGAACCCGUCUGGAUUGUCCAUUAAAUAGCUAUCUUAUCCAUCUCGCUAGCUAGCUGGUUACCAAACUUGAGACCAAACAGCUUGCUAACGUCACCCAGCUAACGGUAACGUUAUUGUAACGUUUAACCAGCAAUCUAGAGGACAUCGUGAAAGGUUAUUCGAGCUAGCUACUUAGGAGGCUGUUUGCAUCUGUAAGGUUUUUGUUACAGUUUACAUUUAAAAUGUUCAGCUGGGCGAAUAAAGAAGGAAAGAGGAAAGAUCCAGAGCUUUUUCAGACGGUGUCGGAUGGAUUGAAGCGACUUUACAGGAGCAAGUUAUUCCCAUUAGAAGAUGCCUACCGCUUCCACGAAUUCCAUUCACCGGCUUUGGAAGACGCCGAUUUCGAUAACAAACCAAUGGUACUUUUAGUCGGCCAGUAUUCAACAGGGAAAACUACAUUUAUUAGACAUCUGAUGGAGCAAGACUUUCCAGGAAUGCGUAUAGGUCCUGAGCCUACCACUGACUCGUUUAUCGCAGUUAUGUACGGCGAUCAAGAAGGUCUCGUUCCAGGCAACGCUUUGGUAGUUGACCCAAAAAAGCCUUUUCGAAAACUCAACGCAUUUGGCAACGCCUUUCUGAACAGGUUUGUUUGUGCUCAGAUGCCCAACCCUGUGCUGGAGAGCAUCAGCAUCAUCGAUACUCCUGGAAUUCUGUCUGGAGAAAAGCAGAGGAUUAGCAGAGGCUAUGACUUUGCAGCUGUGCUGGAAUGGUUUGCUGAGCGUGUUGACAGGAUCAUUCUCCUGUUUGACGCCCACAAGCUUGAUAUCUCGGAUGAGUUUUCGGAGGUGAUCCGUGCCUUGAAGAACCAUGAGGAUAAGAUGCGAGUGGUGCUGAACAAAGCCGACCAGAUUGGCACUCAGCAGUUAAUGAGGGUCUAUGGUGCUCUCAUGUGGUCACUGGGGAAAAUUGUGAACACCCCAGAGGUCAUUAGAGUAUACAUUGGCUCAUUCUGGGCUCAGCCUCUGCUGGUGCCAGACAACAGGAAGCUGUUUGAGGCAGAAGAGAAGGAUCUUUUCCAGGACAUCCAGGGACUUCCUCGCAAUGCUGCUCUGCGGAAACUCAACGAUCUCAUUAAAAGGGCCCGACUGGCUAAGGUCCAUGCUUACAUCAUCAGUGCGCUAAAGAAAGAGAUGCCAAACAUGUUUGGGAAGGAGAAUAAAAAGAAAGAGCUCAUUGCCAACCUUGGAGACAUCUACGCAAAGAUAGAGAAAGAACAUCAGAUUUCCCCAGGAGACUUUCCCAAACUCUCUAAAAUGCAGGAGAUGCUGGCCGGUCAGGACUUCAGCAAGUUCCAGUCAAUGAAGCCUAAGCUAAUGGAGGCUGUAGAGGACAUGCUCUCCAAUGACAUUGCCAAGCUCAUGACCCUGGUGCGGCAGGAAGAAGCAGCCAUGCCCAGCCAGGUAGUCCAGGGUGGUGCUUUUGAAGGUGCCAUGAAUGGCCCCUUUGGUCAUGGAUAUGGUGAAGGAGCUGGAGAGGGAAUCGAUGAGCUGGAGUGGAUUGUUGCACGAGACAAACCCACUUAUGAUGAGAUUUUCUACACCCUAUCUCCUGUUAAUGGUAAGGUGUCCGGUGCCAUGGCUAAGAAGGAGAUGGUGAAAUCCAAGCUACCUAAUACUGUCCUUGGAAAAAUUUGGAAGCUUGCUGAUGUAGAUAAAGAUGGAUUCCUGGAUGAUGAGGAGUUUGCCUUGGCCAACCAUCUUAUCAAGGUGAAACUGGAAGGGCAUGAGUUACCUUCUGAGCUGCCUGACCACCUUGUGCCUCCCUCCAAACGUGGACAGUAAUCAUUAAUAAAACCCUGACAUAUUUGAGCCAAAAAAAAAGGGGUAAAAUGGGGAUCAAGGAUAAAGGUUGAAAAACAAAAAGGAAAUUUUAAAAUGGGCUAUGAUUUUAGAUAUAAUUUGGGAAGAGCAGCCAAUCUGGGAAGAGCACUAAAGAUUUCAUUUUCACCUGGUUUAGACUUUAUUUUGACUUGUAAUUCUAACAUCUCGUCAAAACUAAAAUGUAUGUAGAUGGAUAAAUGUCUGUCAAUAUGUCACUGUUUAAUGUAGGAAAAAAGCCUGGUAAGCAUUGCACAGCAGUCUAGAGAAGCACAAGUGCCUUACUAUAGGGGAAAAAAAAAAUGAAUCUAGGAACAGUUAUUAGAGGAGAUUCUUCGUCACCAGAUCGUAUAUUGGCAGCAGGAAGUUCUGCGUAAUGUCAUUCCAUUGUUCCCGGCCUUCACAUAGCUCUGUACUUAAUUUCUUAAACUGAACCAUUACAAAUGGAAUUUACGAGGACAGAAAAUGGUGAAUCCUCCAUCUCUAAUAAUUUCCAGUUUUCUAAAAUUAUUAUAUAAUUUCACUCCUUUUUUGUUUUAAUUGUAAUUGCUUAGAAUUAACCAAUUUAAUAAGCUACAUUUAUUUGCGUUGCAUUAUUAGGUGCAGUAUGUCUAGUGUCUUCUGACCAGAACUUAACUCACAGUUGAAGGGAUUGUCAUUUCCUUGUGUAGUAAUGACAAUUACAGUUUGGACUUUGGACUUUUUCUUUUUGUGGAAUUGAUAUUUUGGAUUUAAGAGCAACGUACCCAGGGAAUACCCAGGAUGCUCUGUAAUACACUGACUUAAUUUCAGUACAAAAUGUAAUCCCUGUAAAAUGGCUGCAAUGCAAACGUUAAUGUAAAAAGCACUGGAGAAACUACUGGCUGCACUCCACUUAAUAUACAUGUCAAACAGCAUUACUAAUCUCUAAGCAUAUACUUCUAUCUGUGCCUGUAUUUAAACAACUUGCUACAGUAAGUUGAGUCUCAGCUUGCUACAAUAUGAAAAGCUUUACAUCACCACUGUUCAUAUGUGUAUUGUUGUGGUCUACUUUGAAAUAAAGGUUUAUCACCAUUAAGCUACUGUGCAUGUCAUGUCAUGUCUGCCUGCACAGAAGUGGUUAUAAUAUUGAGCAAUGUUUUUAAUUAAUUUUUUAAUUAAAUAGUCUUCCUGUGUCUAA